AGAUUUGAAUAUAUAGAUUUGAAGAAUCUGUAAUAAUGGCGAUAGCAAGAAUUAAAAGCUUUUUGGACGCAAGUAUCAAAAAUGUAUCAUCACCACUGGAUCGCACAGCAAAUCUUGAACCAGAAAUCGGUUUGAGAAUUGAACAUUCAGAGAAUCUUAAAACAUUAAGUGUGACUGUCUUAGGUGCUAGACAUUUACCACAGAACUUUGGCCUGACACGUGUUAACAGCUACGUAGUAAAGGUAAAACUGUUACCAGGUAAAGAAAAAUAUGAAACAACAACAAAGAAUGAGUCCUGGCCUCAAUGGAAUGAAGAAUUUGUUUUUAAUCUGCGAAAGGAAACGAAAUCUAAAUUUGGCAAAACUAAGGUUGUAGAAGAAGAUCUAGGUGGAUCAAGGUUCAUUGUAGCCACUCUGUAUGCAAUUUUGGAAGAAAAACCUUUAAUUGCGACGGAAAAGAAAGAAAAUGAAAAUGAUAAUAAUAAGAAAAAGGAGAAAAAUGCUUCUGCGAAAAAAAGUGGAAAACUAAAGGAGAAUAAUACUGUAACUUGUAAUACUCAGGAAUCAAAUAAAAAUAAAUUUUUUGGACAAAUCUUUAGCAAAACAACAGAUAAAGUUUCUGAUCAAAAUCCUUCAGAAAGGAAAAUUUUUGAUAAAAGACGUAUCAUUGGUGCUACAAACGUUCCACUUGAUUCCAGAAAUUUCACCACGAAACCAAUUAAAGCAAAACACCAAAAUGAUGUGUCAACUGGCGAUAUGUGGAGAACACUGAAAGCUAUAUCUAGUGGGAUUGCUGGAGCUGAAGACAGAAGGGAAAAUAAAAAAGGACAAGUUGAAGUCUCCUUGUGCCAGGAGAAAAGUGAUAGAAAAGAUGUAAGUGGAGGAUCGCUAGUCCUAACACUCUUACGACUGAGAUGUUCUAUGCAAACAAUGCAUGAACAUGAAAUGCUACGAGGUCAAAUGUAUAUUAAAAUGUCACUUGUAGAAGGAGGUAAGGUGACUCACUUUUGGAAAAGCAAUCGCUUUGCUCCUUGUAUUUCUACAAAGUUUGCACCGGAAAUGGCUAAAGUAAUUGCUGAAAAUCACUACGAAGGUGCUCUAAACGACGUUAGUUUUGUUAUCAAGUUUAUUUCAAAAAAUAAGCUCGGAAAAAAGACUACAGUCGGACACUUUGUUAUUGGCCCAGAAGUUGGAGGAAGUUACAGUGAACAAUGGAAGCAAGCCCUUGCAAAACCAGGCAAUCAAAUAACAAAAUGGCAGCCUUUCGAAUAAAUAUUUCUUUGUAUAAUAAGAAAAUUAAUACCAUACAAAUAUAGAACUCACAUUCUAGAUUGCAUUUUUGUAAUAAAAUUUGUAUAUUUCUAUUUAUAUAUAUAAGCAAUUUGUAGAUUUCUAAUGAUUUACUGCAAACAUCACAUUUUUAAAACAGUUUCAAUUUUAACAUCUCUAAUGUUCAUUAGAAACUAAUUAUAACUUUGUACUUUAAAGUUAAAUGUUUCCUUGCGAAAUUAUUGCAAUGCUGUCUACAUGCUGUAUCCGUCUUUGACGGGAUUUUCGUGCCUAUAAUUUCAAUGCAAUCACUUUUUCUAAAUUGAUAGAACUUCUUCUAAAUAAAAUGUAAUUUAUUGUGUAUUUAUGUUUAAAUCAGAUUUUACGAAAAUUUUUGAAUUUGUUUUGUAUGUAUUUUUAAAAUUAAUAUUA